AUGCCAAGAUGCUACUCAUUUGAUGAGAAAUCACAAAGCGCACGGAGGUGGAAGAGUAUGCAUUCUCAACAGUGUAUGAUGUACCAGCCACCAAUAAGAACCAGAAGAAGAAAUUUCUUGAAACCAUGGAUGAUUGCCCUUAUUAUUGUAGCUGUUGUGUUGGUUCUAGCAAUAAUCAUCGGUCUCCUUGUAUAUUUUUUGGCAUUUGAUCAGAAAGUGCACUAUUACCAAACCUCUUUCCAGAUCCCCAGUAUUAAAUAUAAUCCUGAUUUUUCAGUAGAACACUCAAAUAUUAGGACUGACCUGAAACAAAAAAUCAGUGAAGAGAUAGAUAAUAUAUUUCAAAAUUCCAGUUUAAAUCAACAUUAUAUCAAGUCUCAUGUUGUCGACUUUAGGUCAAGUAAUGAUGGUUUGAAAACAGAUGUAUUGCUUAAAUUUCAAUUUGUUUCUAACAAUGCAGACACAAUAAAAAGUCAAGCUGCUAAUAUUUUGUAUCAGAAGUUAAAAUUAAAUGAAAGCUUCUUGAAGACAGAUUCUACUUUACCUUAUCUUAGAGCUGUAAGUGAAGCACAAGCAGAACACAUCGUGAACAGUGGUUGUGGUUUAGGGAGGGAGUCUCCGUCCAUGGAAAAAAUUGCUGCUGGUUAUGUUGCCAGGAAAGCUGAUUGGCCAUGGCAAGCCAGCCUGCAAAUGGAUGGCAUGCAUUUCUGUGGGGCAUCUUUGAUCAGUGAGGAGUGGCUCCUGACUGCCGCUCAUUGCUUCGACACUUACAAAAACCCCAAACUCUGGAUGGCUAGUUUUGGAACAACUCUAAGCCCUCCACUAAUGAGAAGAAAGGUGCAGUCAAUUAUCAUUCAUGAAAAUUAUGCUGCCCAUAAGCACGAUGAUGACAUCGCUGUGGUGAAGCUCUCCACCCCUAUCCUGUUUUCUGAAGAUGUGCACAGAGUCUGCCUCCCAGAUGCCACUUUUGAAGUCUUGCCUAAGAAUAAAGUGUUUGUCACUGGAUGGGGAGCAUUUAAAGCAAAUGGUCCCUUUCCCAAUACUCUGAGACAAGUUGAAAUAGAGAUCAUAAGUAAUAAUAUAUGUAAUCAAAUUAAUGUAUAUGGUGGUGCUGUGUCAUCAGGAAUGAUAUGUGCUGGAUUCUUGUCAGGAAAACUCGAUGCAUGUGAGGGUGAUUCUGGGGGACCUCUGGUUAUAGCACGUGGUACAAACAUCUGGUACCUUAUUGGAAUAGUAAGCUGGGGAAUAGACUGUGGAAAAGAAAACAAGCCUGGAAUUUAUACAAAAGUGACUCGUUAUCGGGACUGGAUUAAAUCUAAAACUAACAUCUAA